UGUAUAUCUACGAUCCUCCCCCCACGUCUGUCCUGUUGCUUCCAUUUCUCCAAUCCCAAGAAGUAAACAGUUAUAAAUUACCUGAAUUUCUGCUAUCCAAGUCCGUACGAGUCUCUGAAAAAGUUCCCAGUCUUCCACCAGCAAUACAUGCUUGAUCGACGACGAUCGUCGUCGUCCUCUUCUAACAGCCUCUGAUCCGAGGGUUUCAUUCUUCUUAGUUCGGUUGAGUUUGACCCGAACAAUGGCGCAGAGUAGUUGGGAAGCAGAUAAGAUGUACAUACUGCUUGAUGUAUACAUAUAUGAUUAUUUAGUGAAGAAAGAAUUACAUGUCACUGCUAAGUCUUUCAUGACCGAAGGGAAGGUUGCACCCGAUCCAGUAGCCAUUGAUGCUCCCGGGGGCUUUCUUUUUGAAUGGUGGUCUGUCUUUUGGGAUAUUUUUAUUGCAAGGACAAACGAUAAACAUUCUGAGGCUGCUGCAGCAUAUAUAGAGGCACAACAAAGUAAAGCAAAAGAGCAGCAACAGCUGCAAAUGCAGCAGUUGCACCUAAUGCGCCAAGCUCAGAUGCAACGGAGAGAUCCUAAUCAUCCUCCCCUUGGUGGUCCACUAAAUUCAAUUAGUUCUGAAGGGAUGCUCGGGCAAUCUACUGCUAGUGCACUGGCAGCAAAAAUGUACGAGGACCGCUUGAAACACCCCAAUCCAAUUGAGUCAGAGACAUCCCAACCACUCCUUGAUGCCAGAGUUGCCCUUCUAAAAUCAACGAACCAUCCUGGUCAGAUGGUUCAAGGAAACCCUGGAAGUGUUAAUGCAGCAUUACAACAAAUCCAGGCUCGAAGUCAACAGGCCACAGACAUAAAGAGGGAAGUUAAUAUGGGCACUGCUCAGAGAUCUAUGCCUAUGGAUUCUUCAAUUUAUGGGCAGGGAAUGGUUCAGUCAAAACCUGGAUUAGGAAAUGCAGGAUUGAACCCAGGAGUUGGUGGUCUUCCAUUGAAGGGGUGGCCCUUAACUGGAAUUGACCAAAUGAGGCCCGGUUUAGGUGGACAAGUUCAAAAGCCUUUCCUGCAAGGUGCAACUCAGUUUCAGGUUCUCUCACCGCAACAACAACAGCUUUUGGCACAGGCUCAGGGACAAGGAAAUGGUGCUAGCUCAUCAAUUUAUGGAGAUAUGAGGGGAUUUUCUAGGGGAAAUUUAAAUACAAAAGAUACCCAACAAAUGACAAAUAAUGGCUCCAUGAGUUCUCCUAUGCAGUCAAAUUCAUCAAAGAUGAACAUGUCACAGAUGCAACACUCUUCAUCUCAACAACAGGAUCCUUUGCAGUCUCAGCAAGUACAGCAGAAUAACCGCAAAAGGAAAGGACCUUCAUCCUCAGGACAGCCUGCUAACAGUACCGGUACAGGAAAUACAAUUGGUCCUUCGCCCAAUUCUCAACCAUCAACUCCAUCCACCCAUACCCCUGGAGACGGAGUUGCUAUGACUGCUAAUUUGCCAAAUUCGAGCAGUGUUCCAAAAAGUAUGAUGAUGUACGGUGCAGCUGGAACAGGUGGCCUUGCAUCAUCCACAAACCAGUUGGAAGACAUUGAACAAUUUGGGGAUGUUGGCUCUUUAGAAGAUAAUGUGGAAUCAUUCUUGUCACAUGAUGAUGGAGAUGGAAGGGAUUUAUUUGGCACAUUGAAACGGAACCCUGCACAUUCUGCAGAAGCUUCAAAGGGUUUUUCCUUCAGUGAAGUUGGUUCAAUACGUAAAAGUAAAACCAAAGUUGUCUGUUGCCACUUCUCUUCAGAUGGAAAAUUGCUGGCCAGUGCUGGCCAUGACAAGAAGGUUGUUGUUUGGAAUAUGGAAACUCUGCAAACUGAAAUCACACCGGAGGAGCAUGGCCUGAUAAUUACAGAUGUUCGAUUUAGACCAAAUUCAUCUCAGUUGGCAACUUCUUCAUUUGACACAACUGUGCGACUUUGGGAUGCUGCUGAACCAAACUAUUGUUUACAGACAUAUGCUGGGCAUACCUCACAUGUAUUGUCACUUGAUUUCCACCCUAAGAAGAAUGACCUUUUCUGCUCUUGUGAUGCCAACAAUGAGAUUCGCUUUUGGAAUAUUAAUGAGUAUUCUUGCACUCGCGUUUCUAAGGGAGGUUCAGCACAGGUGAGAUUCCAACCGAGAAUUGGACAGUUGCUGGCUGCAGCAUCCGGGAAUGUUGUAUCUAUAUUUGAUGCUGAGACCGACAGGCAGACACAUUCAUUGCAGGGCCACUCCUCGGAGGUACACUCUCUUUGCUGGGAUACAAAUGGAGAGAUUUUAGCAUCUGCCAGUCAAGAGUCUGUCAGAGUGUGGUCAUUAUCCUCUGGAGAGUGCAUUCAUGAACUCAGUUAUAGUGGAAACAUGUUCCAUUCUAUUGUAUUCCAUCCAAGCUACUCGACUCUCUUGGUUAUUGGAGGAUACCAGUCAUUGGAGCUCUGGAACAUGUCUGAGAACAAGUGUAUGACAAUUCAGGCACAUGAGUGUGUAAUAUCAGCUUUGGCACAGUCACCGGUUACAGGAAUGGUCGCCUCUGCCAGUCACGACAAGGCCGUUAAAAUCUGGAAGUAACAUUGGCCAUUUUUUGCUGCAAAUCCCUAGUUUCAGGUCUGCUGCCCCUUCAUAUCAACUUAAGAAGAAGUUGGAAUCAAACUUAAGUCACAGGAUCCAUCAUGUGUUUAAUUACAUUUAACAUUUUUUAAAAUUAUUUCUCUCCAUUUUAAAACCUAUUUUUAUACAUGUACUAUUACUAAGGUGCUUGUUAAAGUUUUAACUUUGUCAAAAGAGACAAAGUUAUAAAUAUUACCUCAAAUUCAACUUCGAAAGCUUUGCUUUGAUUGGUUUA